UUCCACCCCGCCAAAUUUCGCAGACAGCAUCAAACGUCACACUAAACUCUCUCUACAUCCAUCAAUUCCGCUCACAAACCUCCAAAAUGGCCUGCGACAACUGCAAAACCGGCUUCAAGUGGGGCGCCGAGUCCGUUGGCAAGGAAGCCAAGCUCGACAACAUCGACUGCUAUGUAACCGGCGACAACAAGGAUGCCGCUAUCCUUAUCAUCACCGAUAUCUUCGGCUGGACUCUUCCCAACAUCCGCAUUCUGGCAGACCACUACGCGAAGGAAGCCAAUGCGACCGUCUACGUUCCCGACGUAUUCGGCGGCGAAGUCGUAGACCCAGACGCGAUGUCCGACCCGGAGAAGGCAAAGAACUUCGACGUCAUGGCCUUCAUCGGGCGUAACAACAAGGACAUCCGCUACCCCGAGAUCAAGCAGCACGCUCAGACCCUCAAGUCGCAAUACAAGAAGGUCGCCGCCAUUGGCUUCUGCUACGGCGGAUGGGCCUGCUUCAAGCUGGCCGCGGACCCCUCGCUCGUCGACGCCAUCUCGACCGCCCACCCCUCCUUGCUCGAGAAAUCGGAGAUCGAGGGCGUCAAGGUCCCCGUCCAGGUCCUUUCCCCCGAGAACGACCAAAUGUACACUGAGGAGCUGAAGAAGGCUACGUUGGAGACGCUGCCGAAGACUGGUGUGCAGUGGGAGUACAUCUACUUCCCUGGUCUCAACCACGGCUUUGCUGCGCGUGGUGACCCCAACAACAAGCAGCAGAAGGAUGGUUUGGAGAGGGCGAAGAGGAGUGCUGUGAACUUUUUCAACGAGUUCCUGCACUAAAACACAUGUCACGGCGGUUAUAUGAUCUCUUGAGCGACUUUAAAUGAAAUGAUACCUCAACUCUACUUUUCCGCUCGCCAUGUGGUCGUCACAUCAGUAGGAAGCAAGACAUUAGGUCACGAAUGAGCCGGUGAGGAUAUUGAAGU